CCCACUCUUCCUAAAAUUAAGAUGGCGACGCUGACCAGGAAGUGAGAUAAAUAACCGUGCCGAAAGAAAUAUGGAUUAAAUACGGAAUCUGACAGGGUCCAAAAUAAUUUUGAGGGACUGUCGCUCGUCGAGGUAGGGGUAACCGUGGGGAAAUGAGUUUUAAUUGUAUCCGAGAUGGCUGGAAUAUGAUGAAAUGCAUCGCUCCAUUGGGCACACUGGCCAGCUCGGUCCCUGUGGUGCUGCGUAGAGCCUGAUGCCCGUUCUCCCCACAUCUGUCGCCAUGGACACCGAGGACUUCCUGCACCCGGAGGGCCCUCAGCUGGAGAGCCCUAAAUACAGUGCGCCCGGUCCUCCACUCCCCAAUGCCAUCGAGAGUCAGCUGUUUUCCUCUAACCCGUGGCCAUUUCCCCAGCAGACUCAGUACAACCAGUACAGCUAUCCUAUGCAACAAUCUGGGAGGCAGUUCCAGGUCAACCCCUCAUCUUUGGACGAGUUCAGCUCGUUCCCCGACGUGGAUUUCUCCGUCCUCACAUCAGGAAGGAAUGGAGACUUUGCACCAGAUCUGUCAUGUAUGGAUGACCUGUCCAAUCCGUCUCUGUUCUCCUCUACCCCUGACUCUCUGUCUGAAUAUGCUGACCCUGCUGGCUUUGGCAUCGAUAGCCUAUCCCACAUAGCCAGCGAGGGCUCUGCCGUGACACCAAUGUGGGACACACCUGGACACAGCCAGGGACAGUUGACCAGGUUUCAAGAUUUACAUAAUCAGGACGAAAUCAAUGCCCUCUUGAGCAACCAACCAUUAACACCAUAUAAGCUCUCUGAAAUCGGUCAGACUCCACCAGAGGAGGAAGAGGAGGCAGAUGAGGAAGAGACGGAAGAACUCGGACACGUAGACACCUACGCCGAAUACAAGCCAUCCAAAUCUACUAUAGGAAUUUCUCAUCCAGACAUUGUGGUAGAGACCAGCACUCUCUCCAGUGUCCCUCCCCCAGACAUCACCUACACACUCUCCAUCCCAGACAACACUAUCCGGACCGGCAUGCUCUCUGCCCUGCAGCUCGAAGCCAUCAUCUAUGCCUGCCAGCAACACGAGGUCAUCCUGCAGAACGACCAGAGGGCAGGUUUUCUGAUUGGGGACGGAGCCGGCGUGGGGAAGGGUCGCACCAUAGCUGGCAUCAUACUGGAGAACUACUUAAAAGGAAGGAAGCGAGCCCUGUGGUUCAGUGUUUCUAACGAUCUGAAGUAUGACGCAGAACGAGACCUCAAGGACAUCGACGCCCCGAAUAUUCCUGUGCUCGCUUUAAACAAGAUUAAGUAUGGAGACACAGCUACCUCAGAGGGCGUCCUGUUUGCCACGUACUCAGCGCUGAUCGGGGAGAGUCAGGCAGGAGGACAGCACCGCACACGACUCAAACAGAUAUUGGACUGGUGUAAACCUGGCUUUGACGGAGUCAUUGUGUUUGACGAAUGCCAUAAAGCCAAAAAUGCGACGUCCACGAAGAUGGGCAAAGCUGUCCUGGACCUACAGAACAAGCUGCCCCGGGCCAGGGUGGUGUAUGCUAGUGCCACAGGUGCCUCUGAGCCAAAGAACAUGAUCUAUAUGAGCCGUUUGGGGAUUUGGGGAGAGGGAACACCCUUCAGGACAUUUGAGGACUUCCUACAUGCCAUUGAGAAAAGGGGUGUCGGCGCCAUGGAGAUAGUUGCCAUGGAUAUGAAAGUCAGCGGCAUGUACAUAGCCCGGCAGCUCAGCUUUUCCGGCGUGUCAUUUCGGAUCGAGGAAAUCGCACUGGACGAAGAGUUCAAGGUGGUCUACAACAAGGCAGCUCGACUGUGGGCUGAAGCGCUGGAAGUGUUCACCAGGGCAGCGGAUAUGCUGGGACUGGUCUCUCGUAAGUCCCUCUGGGGCCAGUUUUGGUCCUCCCACCAGCGCUUCUUUAAAUACCUCUGCAUCGCCGCCAAAGUGCGCCGCCUGGUGGAGCUCGCUAAGGCUGAGAUGAAUCAGGGAAAGUGCAUUGUGAUCGGGCUUCAGUCAACCGGCGAGGCCCGCACUCGUGAGGUUCUGGAUGAGAAUGAUGGACAUCUAGACCGAUUCGUCUCUGCAGCUGAGGGUGUGUUCCAGUCUCUGGUUCAGAAGCACUUUCCAUUAGAGAAACCGAAGAGAGAAAAGACUGCUGGAAAUAAACGAAAACGAAAACCGAGAGGUCGGCCACCCAAAUUUCCAAAACACUGUGUAGAGGUAGGCGGAGUUAUUAAGAUCAGCGACGGCUCGGAUUCAGACUCUGAGGACAUGGACAGUGACUCAAACUCGUCCCCUGACUCACUGCAAGACAACGAUGACGUCAUCUUUGUUAACCACAUCAAUGGACCUACUGCAAAACUGGAGGAAUUGAAGCAGAAGCUGCUGGCUAAGAUAGCAGAGCUGGGAAAGGAGCUUCCUCUUAACACACUGGACGAGCUGAUCGAUCAAUUCGGAGGCCCAGAGAAAGUGUCCGAGAUGACGGGUCGUAAGGGCCGAGUGGUGCGGAGGCCCGACGGCAGGGUGCAGUAUGAAUCACGCGCUGAACAAGGAUUCACCAUCGACCACGUGAACAUCAAAGAGAAAGAACGCUUUAUGGACGGUGAAAAGCUGGUGGCGAUCAUCUCCGAGGCUGCAAGUUCAGGGAUUUCUCUACAGGCAGAUAAACGUGUGCAGAAUAAAAGGAGAAGGGUGCACAUGACUCUGGAGCUGCCAUGGAGUGCUGACCGCGCCAUACAACAAUUCGGCCGCACUCAUCGCUCUAACCAGGUAACGGCUCCAGAGUACAUCUUCCUGAUCUCCGAGUUAGCGGGAGAGAGACGCUUUGCUUCCAUCGUGGCCAAGCGCCUGGAGAGUUUGGGGGCGCUGACACACGGCGAUAGACGAGCCACCGAGUCCAGAGAUCUGAGCAAAUACAACGUUGAAAACAAAUAUGGCACAAAAGCUUUGGAUAAGAUCACUAAAGCCAUCCUGGGAUACAUUGAAAACAAAGUUCCACCACCAAAAGGCUAUCCAGGGGGUGAAUCAAGAUUCUUUGCAGAUAUGAAGAAAGGGAUGAUCGACGUGGGCAUUUUCUGUAAGGAGCCACGCUUUGGGCUCAACACAGAGAAAGAUUGCACCAUCACUAAAUUCCUGAAUCGGAUUUUGGGCCUGGAGGUGCACCAGCAGAACUUUCUCUUCCAGUACUUCACCAACAACUUUGAAUACCUGAUUGACAAGGACAAAAAGGAAGGCAAAUAUGACAUGGGUAUACUUGAUCUGGCUCCAGGUAAUGAUGAGAUCCAUGAAGAGAAACAGGAAGUGUUCCUGACUCCUGGGAAUCCCCAAGAAGGCCAGGUCAUCCUGUAUAAGAUCAGCGUGGAUCGGGGGAUGCCGUGGGUCGAGGCCUGCAGCAAAGCAGACAAACUGACUGGGGAAAAUGAGGGCUUCUACCUUUCCCACAAGCUGCGAGGGAGCCAGCCGUGUGUGCUGCUGGCAGAGCAAGGUCGAGGACGUAAUCUCAUCGUCUAUAAGCCUAACAUCGGCAGACAAGCCCACCCUGAAAACCUGGAGAAUCUGCAGCAGCGGUACCGCAAGGUGACCCCAGAAGAGGCCAAAGAUUGCUGGGAGAAUCAGUUUGUCUUCUCGUUCAAGAAGUGCAGCCAUGCCAACUGGAAAGGUAAGUGUAAGCAGUUGGAGCAGGGUCAGGAGUGCUGGCUGGGUAUGCGUCUGCGGCAGUACCACAUGCUGUGCGGAGCUUUGCUGAGAGUGUGGAAGCGAGUCGCAGAUGUCGUCUCUGACAUCACCAACUCCAGCAUCCUGCAGAUUGUGCGCCUCAAAACCAAACAGAACAGCAAGCAAGUCGGUAUAAAGAUACCAGAGAACUGUGUUGAGCGUGUGCGCAGCGAGCUCUCUCAGAUGGACUCUGAGGUGAAGCGAGCUCGGCAGCAGAAGGAGCAGCGCGCGCAGGAGCAGCGCGCGCAAGAGCAGCGCGCGCAGGAACAGCGCAUCCUCCAGGAGCGUCUCAGGCUCGAGCAGCAGAAGUUCCUCUACAGCCGCAAGCCCUUCAGUCGCCCUGCUAUGCAUCCACCAAACCCCCCUCCGUACCCAAGCCCACAGCCAGGCUGGGCUGCUCUGCCGCCCAAGAGCCAAGCUGUGGACGAAGUGCUGGACCUCACACUCAGUCCCUGCCCGUCCCCUGAGCCCAAACCCACUCGUGCGAACGGUGUAGCGGCGAGGCUGAAGUUCCCGGAGACGUUUCACCUGGAAGAGCUGAUCUCGCAGGAGCAGCAGAGGGCGAGACGACCGCCCUUACAUCCCAACAGCUUAGACACACUGCAAACCAUACACACACGGAAGCAGCAGCAGCACACGGUGCUGAGCGUGCUGCAGCAAAACAGGGCGAACCCAGGACAUUUGCUCACGCCUCAGCAGAACUCCGGUCAAUUCAACACACAGCUGCUGAGACACAACGGGAGCAAACCGGACAUUAACACGCUAACCAACCACGGCAUACGCAUGCAACAGUUUCAGCAGCAUGUAAACUCUGUAUCACGGCCACCUCAGUUGCUUCAGCCCUCCCCUAUACAGCAGGACGCUCAUCAACACUCACUGAUGCACGUGCACACACACAGUUUGCAUACGCAUGUACGGGAAAACCAAAUGCCAGUCAGUGAACCUGCUCCACUUUCACUAAAACUGGUUCAGCAGGGCUCUCUCAGCAGUCAGUCGGUCACGGAAAGUUCUGCGACUCCGCAGGACAACUUCAGUUUCGACCUCGAACUGCUCGGUCAUCCUGCAUACUCGUUAACCUCUAAAGGCCCUCCCUCCCCUUCGUUUUCUUGUCCUUCCCCUGGGACGUCCUCGCUCUUCUCUUCAGACCCCCAGUCGUCUUCCCUCUCGGACUCCAUCUCCCCUUCUUCUCUGUUUGCGCCUUCGUCCGACCGACCGCAUCUUCCGUUACCCAAUGGCCACUGCAGCUCGGACGCCCAGGAUGUCCACAAGGCCCUAAUGGCUCGCGGAAGUCCUGUAGACCGCCGCCACUCCGUCAUUCAGUUCAAUCCUUUAGACUGGGACGCCACCUAGUGGCCAAUAAUGCUUGCGAGUUUAUAUCACCACUGUACAUGCACGUGGCAGUACUGUCACUUUUCUUUACUGUGAUCUCAGCAGGUCUGGCUGAGGUAUUUUGCAGUCGGUGUUGUUCUUUCUGCAGUUUGUCCACCCCCAUCCUAGAUCAUUCGUCCACUGGCUGUAGUAUACAGGUGCGUCUCAAAAAAUGUUAAUAUCCUGGGAAAGUUCAUUUUGUUUCCAUUAUUUAAUUCAAAAAAUGGAACUUUCAUAUAUUCUAGAUUCAUUACACAUAAAGUGAAAUAUUUCAAGCCUUUUUUUGUUUUAACGUGAUUAAGGCUUACAGCUCACGGAAAUCAAAAAUCCAGUAUCUCAAAAUAUUCAAAUAAAGAAUUUAUCAUAGAGAAAUGUCGACCUGAGAAGCGCUCUAAUAAGCUAAUUAACUCAAAACACCAGCAAAGGUUUCCCGAGCCUUUAAUCUCUCGGUCACAAUCACGGGGAAGAUGAAGGUAAACGUUGCAUUUCAUUUGUAAAUCAAGGUUCCAGAGUCUGGAGGAAGAGUGGCAAGGAACAGAACCCAAGCUGCUUGAAGUCCAGUGUGAAGUUUCCACAGUCAGUGAUGGUUUGGGGUGUCAUGUCAUCUACUGGUGUUGGUCCACUGUGUUUUCUCAAGUCGAGAGUCGAUGCAGCGUCUACCAGGAGAUUUUAAGCACUACAUGCUUCCAUCUGCUGAAAGAUUUAUAGAGAUGCUGAUUUCCUUUUCCAGCAGGACUCGGUACCUGCCCACAGUGCCAAAACUACUAGUAACUGGUUUCCUGACCGUGGUAUUACUGUGCUUGAUCGUCCAGCCGACUCGCCUGACCCGAACCCCAUAGAGAAUCUACGAGAGACACCAGACCCGACAAUACAGACGAGCUGAAGGCCGCUAUCAAAGCAACCCGGGCUUCCAGAACAAACACGUCAGCAGUGCCACAGGCUGAUCGCCUCCAUGCCACGCCGCAUUGAUGCAGUCAUUCCUGCAAAAGGUUUAAAGCCUCAACCGAGUAUUGAGCGCAUAAAUGAACAUACUUUUCACAAGGUCGACAUUUCUGUAUUAUGAAUUCUUUAUUCUAAUAUUUUGAGAUGCUGGAUUUUUUUAUUUCCGUGAGCUUUAAGCCAUAAUCAUCAAAAUUAAAACAAAAAGAGGCUUGAAAUAUUUCACUUAAUGUGUAUUGAAUGUAGAAUAUAUCAAAGUUCCACUUUUUGAAUUAGAUUACAGUGGGGGGGGUGAACUUUUCCACGAUAUCACAUUUUUUGAGACGCACCUGUAGUUCCUUACAAGUGUUUUCAUCAGCAGUGUUUCUUCCUUCACUGAAAUUAAGGUCCAUUAAUUCAGGAUGCUUUCAGGAUACAUUUGGUAGUUUUAUGGCUCGUGGUUUAGGUGAGGUGGUUAUUUUCCCAGUUAAUAAAAAAAAAAAUAAAAACAAAUAUUUUUAGAGCGGUACACUAGUUCAGAUUUCUAUGGAAGUCGUGUCUGAAUAUGGUUUAAUCAUCUCAAAUAUGUUGCAAAGCAUUAACUAACCUAUUUAUCACUAUAGAUCACUAUAGCUCCUGGUGCUGCUUCUGAAUGAUGCAGAUUUCCAUAUAUGACGAUUCUUCCUGGGGUUUUUAUUUAAAUUUUAUUUUUUUAUUGUUGUUGUUACCGACCAAAUGCAAGUGUCUUCACUUAAAUACUGAUCAGUUUGGAUUAUUCAGAACAACUACAGACAUCCUGGAAAACUCUCAUCAGUGCACCUUUUAAAUGCUUUUGAAACAUCAAAUACAUUAUGUAUAUUUAUUUAUAUGGUCCUUUUGGGCUUUUGUAACAACUGCUUCCUGUUGAAAACUGAAUCAAGACCUGGAAGAAAAUGCCUUUAGCUCAGUCAGUGCCUUUGUAUCAUUUAAGAUGCAGUCAACAAUAUCGUGUGUGUGUGUGUGUGUGUGUGUGCGCGUGCGUGCGCAUGAGCGUGCAUGUGUGUAUGUUCUAUAAAAGCAGAUUAAAUGCGUAUUAUUUAUUAUUGCGAUCAUCAACUUGCACCCUCUACAAAGAUAUCUGCUCUACUUCAUCAGAGGGGCUCACUGACUUAGAAAUUUCUAAUACUGCUGUUUUUACAUACUGACCCCGUGAAAUUUUUCCCCCCUAUAAUUCCGUGGGCCUGAGCUUGAGUAGAGGGACGGAAUGUCUGGAAAUAUCUAGGGUAUGAAAAUAAAGCUAACAAACGUCAUCCCUAGGAUAAUGAAGUACUCUAUUUGCUUUACUGCUUGUGUACUUUCUCAGGUAUAGUGUAAACUUAUUACUGUCCAGACCAAUUAUUAUUUAACUCAAAGAAUUAAAGGACCUUUUUUUUUUUUUUUUCUUUUCUCUUUCUUUUCUUUUUUUAACUUUGGGGAUUGAACACCAAAUUAUUUAUUAGGCUAUUGGUUAUCUUAAGAGGUUUUUUUUUUUUUUUUUUUUUUUUUUUUUUUUUGCUUUUUUUUCUUCUUUUCCUUGAACCAAUUACAUUAUUAAAGACUUUUGACAGUUAAACUACUGGACCUCAUGCUAACCUCAGUCUCCUUCUUGAGGGAGUAAAACAUUUUAGCAAUAAAGAUAAAUUCGCCCCUUGAACAAGUAAAAAAAAAAAAAAAUUAAAAAAAAAAUAAUAAUAAUAAUAAAAAGAGCCUGAAACUUGAUUAGGAUUCUUGUUGGGCUCUCCUUUGUUUGAAAUAUUUUUCAAAUGUAUCAGAAGACUAUUAUAUUUCAAAAAAGAAAGAGGAAAAAAAGAAAAGAUUACUAAGGAUACGUUUCUUAUGAGGUCAAGAUAUUCUUGUAUAGGUGGAACGGAAGCAAUUUGUUGUCUUUGGUGUCGUUGCUGUUGUUCUUGAUGUUUGUAUUCUUGUUAUAAUGACUAUAAUUAUUGUUAUUUAUAUCCAUGGGACAUUUUUAGUGGUGGUUAGUCCUGGUUAUAAUCUUGAGUAGUUUAACACUUUUUUAAACGUCUUGUUCGGGUCUUCUCUUUCUUUCUUCGUGUAUUCUCUAUUUACGGAAACGUCGACGCUUCUUUUUAACUCGCCACCAAAUCUACUGCACUGCCUUGCACCCUGUCCAACAUCGCCGUGUCAUUUACAUCUCGGUCGUCUUUCGCAGUAAGUGAUUACAGAUGUACAAAAUCUUUAUUUUAUUCUUUAUUAUUGGGUUUUAGUCAUUGAUCCCAGUCACACCAAAGUCUCCAGCAUGGUCUCGCGUAAUCUCAGGAAAAGUUAGGGAAUCUUUUUAAGCAAUGCACGGCAGUGAAACACUGUGCUGCAUUUCUGACUACUGUAUUUCAUAGAUUUAGGCUUUUCAAUAUUUCAGAAAAGAAAAAUCGAUCAGAUUAUGAAACGGCUUUCCGAUAUCCCUGAUAUUGAUUGAUUCGUAAUCCCAUCCAAAAAAAAGCUCCUCCACUGAUUGGACAGUCAGUUUCCGCCGUCAUUUUUUGCCAUCACUGUCCUGUUUACUGUGCGUUAUUGUAAAUGGUUCCUUGACGUUUUUUUCCCCCCCAACAUGUCUCUAGUCUUGAGAUAUAUUCGCCCACUGUGUAAGAGAUGAGACUGCUCUGUUAUUGCUCAGAAACUCGUCCGAUUUCUUUAUACUCUUUCUCUACCCAGACUUUUAUAUUCUGUAUAAAAGAAGAAAUCACAAAACGAACACUUUCAUAAUAAAAAUACAAAACAUUUAUUAAAAGUGCUACUGAUUGUAUGUAUUAUUAUUAUUAUUAUUAUUAUUAUUAUUAUUAUUAUUAUUUCCAGUAAAAUUUUAUUUUAAGCACUUUUACCUUGGGCUUCUGUAUUUUAUCUGAAUAUUUAUGAUUUUAGUUGGAAAUGUAAAUAUUGUAAACAACUGUGCCUUUUGAUUCAUUCUGAACGUUUUCUACAACAUAACAGAAGGAAUAUAUUGUACUGCAAUAUUAAUUUUGUUAACAAACAAAAUAAAAGUUUAAAGAGUUUGUUGAAAUCA